UGUGGAGUUAAGUUACGAUAUAAGACCUGACAAUUGAAAAUGACCAGUCAGUCUACCAACCUUUAUUUUGAGUGUUGGACCGUCCGCUACUUAUUUGUUUACGUGCAUAAUGAAAUUAAUUAUCAUCACCCUGACAACGUGGACACUUGUGGUGGGUCACUUGUACAGUCCAAACAGUUACCAAGUGCGAUAUGGUGGCAACCCUUUCUAUGGCAAUUACAAUCCCUAUGGAAGCCAGUUGAACCCUUACCCUAAUUUCGUGCCCAUAUUCUCCAACUAUUACUACCCCAACCAACAAAUACCUUUGGCUGUACCACCCAUCAGCGAUUAUCCAAACAUCAAUGUGCUCGCCGAGAUGCCAUACUCAAUCAACAAGACGUUUACAGUUGUACCAAUGGUUGCAGUGGCACAAGAAACUAUUAACUUUCUUUCAAACGCAUUAAUUAUCCAAGUAUCGAGGGAACGCCCAACGAUGACUAUAAAAAAUGAACAGGAUGCUUUAAUCGAGUGCACACCAGCAGUAAAAAUUGUUUUAGAUCAACCUUUAACUAUAUACAGCUUACAAACGAGCAUCAUUUUUCCCACAGAUAUUAAAAUUGAACAUAAAGGAUUCAAAAUUCCUAUUCACGUCGGUGCAGUCUUCGCUCCGCUCUCUCAAGACACCUACGUCUCUCCAGAAACACCAGUUAAUGUUAACGUCGUAUACGCAAUCCCUACGAAGCCAUUCACAAUCGAUUAUGUAAAUAACGACAAGGAUGUGAUCGUUAAUGCGGAUAAUCAGGCAGUAAUUGUCGAAGAUCAUCAGCCUGACCAACCUCCAAAAAAUAUUACCAUUAUAGAGUUUCCAACCGCGGAAGCGGAGCCGACGUUCCAAGUUGAUGAGGAAGAUGAAGAAUUGGUGAAUCGUAACCCACCAGUUGGUGUGGUACCUGCCGGAAUUGUUCAAUCGACGCAACCGAUAGUGAGCACGCAACAGUUCGUGAACUCGAAGGAGUCGCCCAUCCUGACGACUUUGAGAGAAGAGGCAGCCAAAAAUCGUUUUAGGAAUUACGGACGUCCGAUUGUUGUUCAAUCUGUUUAAGAAAAUGUACUCUGUAUAUAUUUAGAUUGAAUACUAAGGGGGUUAUAUUUUAAUUUUUAUCAUGUAAAUAUUGCCAUAUUAAAACCUUAUACCUAG